GAUGGCAAAGAGCUGCCAUGGAGUCCUGAAGUCCAGCUGGAUCCCCAGUUGCUCUUGUCAUGGGCACAGGCCUCCUUCCCACCCCUGAUGACAUCUAAUCUCAAGAAUUUUUCUUGGAAGAAGGACUGGCCCCAUGGGAACCGACUGUUGUUCCCAGCACUCGGACUUCUCCCUGGGAAAUAACAAUGGGUUUUGUUGUAUUCCCAAGCAGUAGAAACAAAGUCUUUCAUGUGUGCAGGCUGGCAAGGGAGAAAGAGAGCAGGGAGGCAUUGCCUCAGGCCUAGAGGAUGUACAGAAGCCUGUGCACCAUGAAGGAAGAGAAGCCAGCGAAGUGGUGUCAUGGCUGUGGAGUGGAACCACCCGCACCCCCUAGCAGGGUGCUGGCAGAUCCCACCCAGCCUAAGGAGAUACCCCUGGGUGGCAACAGGGACCAAGCUGGGCUGGCCUAGGGCGCAGGAGGCACCUGGUGUUCAAACAGACAGGGGGUGCAGCUUUUCCCAAGAAGAUGCGACAGAGGAAGAUGUCUGCAAGCAGAUCUGAAAAACUUGGCUUCACUAAGCUGAAUAUGUCCUAGCUGUUUUCAACUCACUGCCAUAGGCAAGCGAGCAAGGAAUGAGGACCAUGUUGGCAGGUUAUGAGGUACAGAGAGGCUUCCCAGAAAGCUUGGGCCUGCUAGAGCUCCUUUAGUACCCCACCCCUGCCCUGGGAUGGGACCUGCCACCAUCUCUGACCAUGCUGGGAGCCCAGCUGCCAUCCAGAGAAGUGCCCAAAUGCCCCCUCUCAGGAAACCAGUUUCAGACCAGGAUGUCCAGCCAUGGCACGGAGCAGCAGGAACACGUGCGAAGGGUGGCUGGGAGCCCAGCUGUCCGAUCGAUGGCAGCUUCCUGGAAGUUCAGCCGAGCGCUGGCAGCAAAGCAGCAGAACAGCUGGGGCUUUUCAGGGCCACAAGGCUGAGGUGCAGAGCCAGUCCUCCUUCCUCCGCACCAACCGAGGGGAGGACUGCCUGAAAGAUGCCCCAGCCCUCAGGGCUGCUUCACUUCUCAUGGGCAAACACGCCCUUUACCUCCCUGCUAUCUGAAGUCAACAUUUACCUAAGCCUGUUGUCAGCUCUCUGCUGUGAUGCCACUAAUUGAUUUCCGUUAAAUCAGAGGAUUGCUUAUUCCCCAGAUAUAAUGUGAUUUGCAGACUAGCCCCUCGAAGCCCUGUCAUUACUCAUGAAACGCAAUGUGGAUCAGCUCUGCAUCUCCUCGAGCUGGUACAGCUUGCAAGGCACAGGCUUCUUGCAGUAAAGCCACAGGAAACCAAUGUAGGGUACUUCUGCUGGUUAAUUAGUGUCUCCAAGUAAUCUGAGCUAGAAGUUCAGGGUUUCCACUGGUGACUGGGAGGUGGGAAAAGGUGGAUGUCAGCAGUUUGGUCAUCCCCCAAAUCCCUGACAGGUUGUACCUGGCCUGCCUGGUCGAGACAAAUGCCCUGCUGCAGCUCUGCAUGGAUGGUGACACGGCCAGCACAGUGCCAUACAGACACAGGGGUCUGGCAUUUAUUUUUUGCCUGAAAAAGGCCUGUUAGACGGAAAAUAAAGGGGCAGGGUAGAAGCCUCUGCAAUCAGCACAGCCUUUGCACAGCUCAGGAGAGCGUGCUUCGACAGCAAGCUCCCCGCUGGUGCGGAAAGGACACGGUGCAGGAUUUGCAGGCGCCCUCAUGCUCAGCUCUCUGCGCGGAUCAUUCCUGGUUUCCAUGACUCGCCAGCCCCUCCUCUGCUCCAAGCGUUUGAAGCUGAGCUCUUUGGCCAAACAGUCCUUGCUGAAAUGUCAAUACGCCGCCGGGACGCUGACUUGUAGGGUUCAUCAUGGUUUCCAGGCAGCGCGUGGCUUUGCUUCUCUGCUUUCCGCUGCUGAUUCCUCUUUCUCUGGAUGCAGUCUUUUUAAAGCGGGAAGAGGCAAAUGGCGUUUUACAAAGGCACCGAAGAGCCAAUAGCUUCUUCGAAGAGAUAAAGCUGGGGUCACUAGAGCGAGAAUGCAUGGAAGAGAAGUGUUCAUUCGAGGAAGCGAGAGAGAUCUACCGUGAUGAUGAGAGGACAAAAGAGUUCUGGCACAUCUAUUCCGACCCCAACCAGUGUGACUCCAGUCCCUGUCAGAACGGCGGGAGCUGUGAUGACCAGUUUCAGGAUUACGUUUGCCGCUGUCCCAUGGAGUACGAAGGCAAAAGCUGUGAAAAAGCCGUGGCUGAGAAGCUGAAGUGCAUUUACGACAACGGCGGCUGUGAGCAGUACUGUGCUGAUGAGCAGUCCAAAAAACGAGUGUGCUUCUGCGCAGAUGAUUACACUUUAGCGAGUGAUGGUGUGUCCUGCAUUCCCCAAGUGAAAUACCCAUGUGGAAAAAUACCAGUGCUGGCAAAAAAGAAUGCAACUGCAGAUGGGAGAAUAGUAGGUGGUUUCAUCUGUCCUCCAGGUGAAUGUCCAUGGCAAGCCCUUAUAAUACAGAAUCAGAAAGAAAAGUGUGGCGGUACCCUGCUUUCCCCAGAGUGGGUGGUCACUGCAGCUCAUUGUUUGGAGCACACCCAUGUUAAAGAGCUUCGAGUGAGACUGGGUGAACACUCAAUAAGUGACGAUGAGAAAACUGAGCAAGAAAGUGGAGUUACCAAUAUAAUCAUGCACGAAGGAUACAAGUACGGACAAGUCAAUAAUGACAUUGCCCUCCUGAAACUGGAAACACCUGUGAAUCUCACUGAUUACGUGGUGCCAAUAUGUUUGCCUGAAAAACGGUUUGCAGUGUAUGAGCUGUCCUCCAUCAAGUUCUCCACAGUGAGCGGAUGGGGACGUCUACUAGAUGGAGGUGCUACUUCCUCUGUCCUGAUGAGAGUUGAUUUGCCACGUGUAAAGACACAAGAAUGUGAGAAGCAGACCGAUUUAAAUAUUACAGAGAAUAUGUUCUGUGCAGGAGACCUGACCGGCACUAAAGACUCCUGCAAGGGAGACAGCGGUGGACCUCAUGCUACGAAGUACAAGAACACUUGGUUUCUGACUGGGAUUGUGAGCUGGGGAAAGGGCUGUGCUGUUGAAGGCACCUAUGGGGUUUAUACAAGGGUAUCCAAAUACAUUGACUGGUUGAAGAAGUCCAUGGAUUCAUAAUGCUGAAUCAGGGCAUUUCCAGAUAGUGUUACUGACCCUUAAUCCCUUUGUGACAUUUUCCUGUUGAAGUAUUCCUUCAUUAACUUAGAUAUGUGGUACACGAGGUAUUAUUGAUGAUUUAAAAUGAGCCUAAUGCCUGCCUGAGUACAUCAAAUAAUUUCUAUAUUGUUGUAAACUUGAAUGUCUGGAUGUCAAGCAGGCACAGAAAGGCCGUAUCAAACCCAAUGCAGAGUCCCUUUCAUUCUUCAUCCAUUUUUUGUAAUAGAGCUAGAUGUUGAAAGAAAGACUGUCAGCAAUGUGUCAAGCACACCAUGAUCCUUCCUUGGGCUACCCUCCCAGCCUCUGGUUAUCAGUGAUGUACAGGCUUCCUGAGCGAGAAGUUGCAUUAGUCUGAAUAGUCAUGAAUGGACCCAUUCUUCCAUAAACAAGUGCAAUCUCUUUUGAACACAUUUUCACUUCUGGCUUUCACAACUUCCUGUGCUGAUGGGUCCUGUAAUAUAAUGAUGCAAUUGCAGAAGAAAGAAGAGUUUCUUUUAGAUCAUGCUAAGGUAGCUUUCUCUUGUAGUGGCAACAGGUAGAUUUGAAAGGGGAGAACUGUUCUUCAGAACAAGAAAGCUGGAAAAAGGUUAAUUCCACAUUUACAGAUCUGCUAUGAAAACUUGAUUUUAGUCUUCUGGCACCAAAUAUUAUUGCAGUAAGGCUAUUAAGUGGAAUAUUUAAUCCUAAAUUUAUGAAUGGCGAAGAAUACCACUGAUUUAAUCUUAUCUUUGCCUUGAUAUUAUGAUCAUCAAUACAGAAUGAAAACAAGUGAAAGGGAAUGUUUGUUUAAUUUGUUGGCCAGUAUAAUCUAACAGUGAAAUGGUGUCCUCUGUCCUUUGACCUAAAGCCAGAACAGGAGAACAAUAUGAUCAUCUGCAAAACAAAGACAGUCCAAAGACAGUUCUCUGAAGCCUUAACAUAUACAAGGUAGAACCUGAAGAGCUCUGAGCACGCCACAGACUACAUCUUUACAAAAUGUGUUUCCUUAAUGUAAGCAUGAGACAAAAAAAAUGUAAGGGAGAUCACGGAUGAAACUGAACAUAGGAUUAAUAGUUUAAGUACAUUAUGUAAAUCUUAUGCUUUGGAUUCAUUCAAAUCGUGCUGAAUAUCAGCUCAAUCACAAAGGCUUAUCAGUUAAAUAGGACACUUACUGUUGACUGUGGUCUGUUACUGGAGGAAAACACUGACAUUAUAUGGUACAUACCCCAUGCAAUACUGAACAUCCUAUAAUCUGCAUUACUGACAUAGAACGGUGGGCUACUCAUUUAAGAACUUAAUUGGGAAAUGCAGCAAACUCCAGAGACUCAGGAAACAAGAGGCCUUAGAGUAUGAAAACACAACCCAGAGGUUUUAAUUGUUCCUAAAGAAAUAACAAGAUCAGACCCAGUGGGGGGAGAGAAAAUAAACAAGGAAAUCAUAUACGGCAGCAGAAGAAGCAUGCAGAACAAACAGAAAAUUGGGAAAAUUCCCAUGGAGAAAGGUGACUAAGGGCAACAGCCAGCAAAUAAAAUCUAAUUUUCACUGAGACAAGGCACUCAGCAUUGCAAAAUCAUCCCUCCAGGCCCCUCGAGCUAGAAUAGCUUUGGGUUUUCCAGGCUCCACAGGAUGACUUCUUCUGAGUAAAUACUGAUAUUUAUGAACAGAUCAUCUUGCAGAAAAAGGGCAAAACAUGGACAAAAACCCCAAACAGCAUUAAUGGCUGCACAGCGUGACUUUUUCAUAAUAAAGCCAGGUGUUAAGUAUAUCUUUAAUGUAACAGCCUGUUUAAACAAGCAAAGGAGAUGAAGCAGGCACGACGGGCAGGAUCUUGGCAGCACCACAGCCGUGGCCUCCACGGCGCACAGAGGCCUCACUGGGCACCACACAGUGAGACUCCAAAAAGCAGGGAAAUGGAGGUCAGCUCUGGGGCAAAUCUCCUUUAGCAGGGGACCCCUUCCCCACCACAGGCCACCGAGCAAAGAUGGCAAAACAACGCCGCUGGCAUUG